UCGCUUUAUCUUAACAUGAGGACUCAAAGCGCCUUUAUUAUAUGGACUGCGACGGUUCUUCAUUUAUCUGUCAUAAAAGGUCAGACAACAGAUUCAUCCACAUCCCUUCUGAAUGAAGUCCUUCCUGAAGAUCACGUGACUUCAAAAAGUGAUAUUUUGGAAUCAGGACCCCCUACAGCCUCUCCUCCUCCGACUGAUGUGUCAAGCGGUGAGGUCACACCUACGGCUGCUCCUCCAUCACAACCAUCCAAUGACAGCUCUCCGUCACCAGCCAUCUCACAGACCCCUGCGCCACAAGAUGUCACCACCACCACCCUCAACACGGACACAGUCUCAGUGCCAGUGCUUCUAACUCAGUGUCUGUACAUGGGUUAG